CCGCGGCGGGUGGGUGCGGGCGCCGGGCCUCCCCCUCCCGGCCGCGGCGCGCGGCACCGGGAGCUGACCGUGGUGCUGAGCGCGGCUCGCGCUCCGACGCGGUGCCCGAGCCCGUGGCGGCCGCACCCUGCUGCACUGCCGGCCCCCAGCGCAGCCGGGGCACUGGCAGCAUGGAGCUGAAGAGAGGAAAGACCUUCAUCAAGUCCAGCCUGCAGGUUUCCCACGAGAAACCCCCAGACCCAGCAGCCGUGGCUGCAGCCAGGGAGGGGGCAGGCCCCUGGUCAGUCCUGCCAGGAGGGCAACAGAGGCCCCACAGUGAGAAGGGCCCCCAAGCCAGCCCCAGUGCCCAAGAAUACGACAGAUGCCCCAACAAAGGGGCACAGCUGGACCCCAAAGGGGGACCCGCAGCCCUCUGCGGAGCCACCUUCAAACCGGUGCGAAAGAGCAAGACUCACGACAGCAUGUCUGGGGCAGGCAGGGCGACGGCUGCCACAGGGCAGCUGGUGGGCAGUGCAAGCUUCCCGGGCUCCCCGGGCAGCCGGCGCAUGAUCGACUACCGCCACUUUGUGCCCCAGAUGCCCUUCGUGCCGGCUGUGGCCAAGAGCAUCCCGAGGAAGAGGAUUUCCCUGAAAAGGCCCAAGAAGUGCUUUCGGAACCUAUUCCACAUUCGCAGAAACAAGACUGAGGACUUGGCCUCGCUGGCGGCCGAGGGGAAAAGCCUGCCCUCCCCAGGGGACCCGUCAGACCCUGGGGGGCGGCGAAGCAAAGCCUUCCUCCCCACAGGUGAGGUGCUGGGGCUGGACAGCCUGUGCCAGGACCUGUCGGACAGUGAGCUCCUGGCCGAUGCAUCCUUUGGUCUCUGCAGGGCCCUGUGUGAGGACGUGGCCUCACUCCAGAGCUUCGACUCGCUCACGGGUUGUGGGGAGGUCUUUGCAGAUGAAAGCUCGGUGCCGUCCCUGGAGCUGAAUGAGGGCCCGGAGAGCCCAACUGAGGCUGCUCAGGGCCUGGAGAGCAAGGUUCCCAGGGGUCCUCUCCAGGGCAGUGUGGAGCAGCUGGCCUCACCCGCCCAGAAUGAAGCCUCUGACUUCAUCAGGUUCUGGGACAGUGUGAAUCGCUCAGUGCGUCAGCAGCAGCGUGCCCUGCUAGGCCCGUGGCUUUCAGGCCCCCAGGGGACAGACAGGGACCAACCCCGGCUGGACACAGCUGGGCUCGCUGAGCUGCCCCUCUGCCCCUGCAGGGACCCUCGCAGUGGCUCCAAAGCCAGCUCCGUCGACACAGGUACCCCCAAGAGCGAGCAGCCCGAAUCUGUGUCCACAAGUGACGAGGGCUACUAUGAUUCCUUCUCGCCAGGCCUUGAGGAGGACAAGAAGGAAGCUGAGAGCCCAGGCACUCCUGCUGCCACCUUCCCACGGGACAGCUACAGUGGGGACGCCCUCUAUGAGCUCUUCCACGACCCCAGCGAGGGUCCUGUUGGCCCCAGCCCAGAUGAUGACCUGUGCGUGUCUGAGAGUCUGUCAGGGCCAGCCCUGGGGACGCCACUGUCCAUAUGCAGCUUCCGAGUGGGGGCCGAGGAGAACUUGGCCCCGGCACCAGGCCCCGACCUCCUCAGCCAGGGCUUCCUACAGAGCUCCUGGAAGGGCAAGGAGUGCCUGCUGAAGCUGUGUGACACUGAGCUUGCCAUCACCAUGGGCAUUGUCAGCUGGCUGCGCCGAGGCCCCACGCCCCGUGCCCCACCCACCCCUGGGCAGCCUGCAGCUCCACCUGGUCCCCAGGGAGCCCCCAGGGCACCCACAGAGAAGCUGGGGGGCAGGGAGGGCCUGAUCUCAGAUGCAGGGGGGGCAACAGUUUGCUCAGCACCCAGCAGGCAGGAGCUGUGGGCACACCCGGGCACCACAGGCCUGCUCGCCGGAGAGAGCAAGGCCCUCGGGGGGGCCACACAAGGGACUGGCACACUGUCCAGGGAUGCCUCUCGAGAGGAAGAGACACGAGGUCACUCUGAAGUCUUGUUCUCCUCUGUGGAGUCUGCAGCCACUUGGACAACAGAUACUUCCAGUAAAAACAAGGCCCCAGUCCCUUCUGCCUGGCCCUGCUCCCAGAAGGAGCCUGGGCCACCACGGGUCCUGGGGUGUUUCCGAGGCCCCUGGAGGCUGGCUCAUGGGGGUGACACUCUGGAUGCAGAGCCCAUGCUGGCAGGCUGUGUGGCCCAUGUGGCAGCCCUGAAGAUCAACUCAAAUGACCAGCCCCCGGCUCCAUGGCCUCUAAGGCAAGACAUGGGCAGUGGGCUCUUUGGGCAGUGCCGGGCCAGGGGCCCUGACGUGCUGGAGCAGAAACAGUCCAGCAGCUCCCCCAGCAUGACCACUGUCCAUGGCCUGCCCUACUCGGCCAGCACACAGGACCAGAGGUGUCGAGAUCGUGUCCAGGACCUGAGCUGGCUCAGGGUGGAGCCCACCGGGCUAGGUGUCCAGGCCUGGGCCUCUGUGGAGGACCAGCCCCUGCAGCUCAGCACAGAGGCUGUGAAGCAGGUGGCACACGGCAGCCAGCUGGACUCUGAGCCCCUCUCAGCCCCUGCUGCCCGGCAGAGUUCCCAGGGCCACCAUCCAGAAAGCCUGGGCCUCACUUUGAACAGCCAGCAGGAAGUGGGGGUCUCUGCAAGUGCCCCAGAAUGCCGCUGUAGCCUCCUGGCCCGUGAAGUCCUCCUCUGUGGCCAGCCAGAAGUGGGGGCCUUCGGGCCAGCCAUGGCUGAGCCCCAUCUGUAGGACAGGCUCAUACGCACCAGGAACUGCAUGUGUCUUCAUGACCACUUUCAGGAGAGCCUAGGACUCAAAUCUCUAUCUUUUGUCCCUGAUGUGGGGACUGUGUUGGGGGUGGGGGGUGGCAGGACUCAGGCAUGCAGAGGGUAGCAUGUUCAUGUGGAGGCAUCCUUGUCUGAACCCACCAGCUCAGGCAGCCCACCGCCAAAGACAGUGCGAAGCUGCAACCGCCUAGCUGCUCCUCAUGCAGGGGCUGGAGAGAGGGGCUAGGGCUUGAAACUGAUGGGGAGAAAGAGCUGCACAUUGUAAUUGGAAAGCAGAGAGCCAGUGAGUCUGCCUGGGAUGUGUGGGAAUCCCAAAAGACACAAUCCCAAAUGCCAUAGUCCCAAGUGUUGAGAAUCCAAAAUAUUAAAAUUACUAUACUCUAAAAUCCGAAAAUCGCAAUCCCGAAAGAUCUAAAUCCUGGAAAUAUAAUUCUGGGAAAUUUUUUUUUAAUUUUUUAAAAGAUACUUACAUUUUAAAAGGAUUUAUUUGAGAAACAUAAAAACACAACAGAACACAUCAUCAGCCACUUUACCCAAUAAAAUAGGCAAUGAUAGAUAUUUUUGGAAGCAUAAACACUCAGGUAUACUGACAGUUACAUGGGUGUGAGUUAUUAGCAGACAAACUAUAUUCAUAAAGAAACAGGUCAAAAUGGGAAAUGUAUACAUGCAUGUCACUAUGCUUGGUAAUUGUGUGCACCUGGCUUUAUAUCUGCAGUCAUAUCAUGACCAACAACCUAAGUCUUUUGAUGAAGUCAAUCUAUGAUGCGUCACCACCACACACACAGUUGCCCAAAGAGCGGAGAUGGCAAGAACUUUCAUCUCUCACAAUUGCAGAUGUACACAAAUUACAUCUCUUCAUUUAUUGAGGAAGUUUUGACGUUUUUAUACACACGCACAAUGCUUACACGCGCAGUCAACCUGGGAUGCCGGCAGGGUGGCUCGGGAUGAAAGCCUCAGGACCCAGGAGGGCCAUGGGUGUAAGUCCCAGAGUCCAAAGGCCAGUGAGCUUGAAGCUCUGAUGUCAAGGCAGUGGAAGAAAAGCCUGUCCCAGCUCUCAGAGAGAGACCAAUUAGCCUUCUGUAUUUGUUCUCCCUGGGCCUCAGCAGAUUGAAUGCUGCCCAGCAACACUGAGGGUGGAUCUUCCCCACCUAGGCCCCUCAGACUCACACACUAAUCUCUGGAAACACCUCACAGGCAUGCCCAAAAUAAUGAUCUCCCAGAUCUCUAGGUAUCACUUAACCCAGUAGAGUUCACACCCAAAAUGAAGUCCACAGGUCCACCCCUUGUCAACUUGGCAUCCAUCCGCAUCCCCUUAAACCAUUCUCAGUCUCCAGAUAAAGCCCCAAGCAAGGCAGUAGCUCCACCUAACAUGAUGCAACUAUCCUGGGAUUAUUAUUUUCAAGACUGUAGAUGUUAGGGAUUUGAAACUUUGGAGAUUUGCGUCUUUCAAUAUUUCAAUGUUGGGGACCAGUGUUUGGGACUAUGUCUUUCAGAAUAAUGAUCCAAACUUGUGUGAGGACUGUGAGGCUCAGGGUGGGAGACGGAUGGGGGAGCCGACCUUAGGAGGGCCCACUGACCGACCUCAAUCUGGCCCCAGUCUGGCUUACUCGCUGCCCCAGGACAGGUGGCUACAACAUGCUGAGGGCCUGAAGGGCGUCCCCUCAGGAACAUUGUAUUACUCUGUUUUGUGUUGCUAUGAAGGAUAACUUUAUGUUGCUAUAAAGGAUAACUCUGUUUUGUGCUGCUAUAAAGAAGUUUAUUUGGCUUAUGAUUCUGCAGGCUGUAGAGGCAUGGCACCAGCAUCUGCUGCUUUUUUUUUUUUUUUUUUUUUUUGAGACAGAGUCUCACUUUGUUGCCCAGGCUGGAGUGCAGUGGCACGGUCUUGGCUCACUGCAGCCUCUACCUCCUGGGCUCAAGCAAUCCUCCCACCUCAACCUCCCAAGUAGCUGGGACUACAGGUGUGCCUGGCUAAUUUUUCUAUUUUUUUGUAGAGACGGGUUUUCGCCAUGUUGCCUCAGCUAAAAUGUCUCAAAAUCUCAGCCUCCCAAAGUGCUGGAUGACAGGAGUGAGCCAGGCAGCAUCAUGCAUCCCUGUGCAGCCCUGCCAGGGCUGGCUGGACCCUCCCACCCUUGUUGAUGGGCAGUGCUAGAUUAUUUGUCAUGAAUCAUCCCCUACAAACAAUGAUUUCCCUCUGCUUGCACUCUCUAACUAGAGCCAUGGAUGGCCAAAUGCUCUCUGGGAAGAAGCCAAUGGAUUCUCCUUGGCUCUGCCUGCAAGUAACAAAGGCUUUUGACUCCGCUUCCUCCACGCUGUCAGAUCGCCAUUCCCCUUCAGGAAAACUUCGAAUGGGGCUGUGGACCUCACUCCCCAAAAUGUCACAACACAUGUGCAGCACCCCGACAUUCAGAACCAUGAAGGGAGAAGGUGGCUGGUGACUGUAGGAGGGACAGGUGUCUGUCCUGGGCCACUGUCAGGCCAGCAGGUGCAGGGACAGAUGGGCCAUCCACAUUCUCCAAGAUUAGCUUCUAACUCAACCAGCACGCCUCAGCAAGAUGCCAGGAUGGGGCUCCACAGGCAGCCGCGAAAUGGGCUUCUGGAGGAAAGACCAGCACAGGAAAAGGGGUCAGUCAGGUUGCAGGCAAACUGCUAGGGAAAUCCCAUCUCAUGCAGAGCUCCUACCAAGAGGAGCGUGAGUUGUGCUGCCCUGGCUCGAGAAGAAGGCAGCACAGGAUCCGCAGCUGAGGGUGGCCCUCCCACCAGGGAACGCUGGUCAGUGCCUCUCCUGACUGCCUGACGCUUGGUCUCUGGUGGCCCUAUCUCACCAGCGCUCCCUGAGGCCUGCUGGGAGCAGGACACAGGCUGGAAGUCACAGGUUCCAAAAUGUGCAGCAAGGCUUCUGACCAGGCCCGUCCAGACCUGGAGCCCCUGUGGAGCCACAUCUGAGCCCUCCUCCCAAGACUCACACACAGGACCACAGCAGCAUCACCGAGCCGAGCUGGGGGCAAGUUUCCUAGAUUCACUUACCUGAUCCUUGCAUCAACCUCAAUGCAGUUGUCAGCCCCAUUUUUCAGACCUGGACACGGAGGCACAGGGUGCUGGUGUGACUUGCCCACAGUUAGUGUGUGAGGUGAUGGGUUUUGUCCCGUCCCAGCUCCAAAGGCCCUGCUCUUCCUCAGGCUCCAGAACCCCUCACUGAGCUCCUGCAGUGAAGUCCCCACUCAGAGCCCUCAGCCCUUUCUGCUUUCAGGCUCCAGAUGUCAGAGCACCCUUGGGUGCCAGCCACAAGUGCCCCUCCAGCAGGCUGAGCACCCGGGGGAGGCUGCCGUGACUCAACCCCAGCCCGGGGCUUUGUGCUGCACCUGAGGGAGUAGCCGCUCCGUAAAUCCUUGUUGAAAGAAUGAAGUGUCAAAAGGUUGUGCGUGCUUUUCUGAUUUCUUGUUGACCAUGAGCCUUGUGUCUGAAGGGUGACUCUGGCCUGAGUGCUAGCCGCCUCCCCCCUGGCAGAGACAGAACACUCCCUUGUGCUAUGCUGUGAUGCGGUGACUCGUGGUGAUGGACAGCCCAGCCAGGCCCAAGGGCGCUGGAAAGGGCAGGAAUCCAGGGGGUCAGGGAGUGGUCAGGAGGGCCUGGGGUCCAGAGAGGGGCAAUGGGUGCCCAGGACCCAGGCCAUGUGGAGGCGUGGUCUACAAUGACCCGGCUGCAGGGCCAUGCCUCCUGGGAGGACCUGCUGGCCUCGGCUCUCCACUUGGGGGCACUAUAGACAACCCCAGAACCCCACAUUCAAAUUCGGCAUCUGGGGCUGGGGUCCCAGGAGUGGCCUGCUAGGAACCCUGCUGGAGGAUGGAGCAGGCAGUGUGAGCUCCCUCAGGGUGACCUCUCUCUUUCUGCACCCCACCCUCAGCUUGUCUUUCCCUGCAGGCCUCAGGGUGACCCACUGUGGAUAAAGAAGGGAACUUCAAGCCCAGCUCCCGGAACACGUGCCUAGCCCAGUGCUGGGAGCAGAAGAGGCUGGCUGGGCAUGUUCAGACCUCCUUGGUCAUUUCCAGCCCUCUCGUCCACACGUGGCUGUAGAGGUGACAGCAGAUUUCCCCACGUGAAAUAAAAUCCUGAGAAGUCAGUCCAGUUGCCCUAAGCUCACAGCUGUCCCACAGAGCUUGAGUGGCUCGCCCAGGCUCCCAGAGUCCCACAGGUUUCAGAAAAGGGGUUUGCCCAGGGGCUGUGCACUGGGGCUUCCAACCUGCCACGUUGUGCUGGGAAGCUGGCAACAUUGGGUAGGGCCAGGAGAGAGAGAGGGAGGACAGGGAGAAGGACAGGGAGGACGGGCAGGAGGCGCUGAAAAGGAGAAGGGGCAAAGGCCAGCACAGGCAGGGAGAGACUGCAGACCACAUCCCAGGAUGCUUCAUGUCUUUCUUGGUUUCCUAUUUUAUUUUAUUUUCUGGAAUGGGAAUAAAUACACAGGAUACAAAACUCAGAAGGCACAGCAGGGAAACAGCGAAAGUGGAAUCUCCAUCCUUCCUCCCUCAGCCCUCUGUUGUUACAAAAUUAAUCCACUCUGACAGAAGGCAAAAUUGCAACAAAUUUCAUUACAGAUCUAAUUGGCUUUUAUUUGUUAUUGGUGAAUGUGGCAGCCUCCAUUCUACAAAACAGAAUGAGAGCUGCUCCAGGCAAUGACAGAACACUGGGUUUUGUAAGGUGGGGGCAAAAAAACAGUAACAGGAAAGAAGCUGAUCAGUUAACAGCAGGCUACUUCAGGUGACUGCACUGUAAGGGCUGAAGCAGAGAGGCUUGCUUACCACAUAGACGCUGGGAGACUGGAAUCUCUCAUUUCCAGGAAAAAUUGGUCUGUUUUGGAAUCUAUCUGCUUAAAGUUUCAGUUUGGUGAUGUGGCAUUUAGCACGAGUGAUUGUGUUGGCGUUUGGUCUGGUCUGUUGGGAUCUGGGGCAGGAGCUCAGUCCAGAGCCAGGGCCGCCUGGGAUUGUCUUUUUACAACAGUGACCACACCCAAUCCAAACAGCCCCAGUGCACAGGCCCCUUCCCUCCUUUUCUCCAGCCCUGGUGGGAGUCAUCAGACUCUUUGUAUUCCUGUGACAUACAUACUGUUAACGGAGAAACCAUAUUCUGUGGAAUAUCUUCAAGAGGCUUAUCCUGAGCCAAUAUGAGUGACUGCGGGCCCAGGAAAACACAGACCCAAGAAGUCUGGAGUCAGUGGGCCCAAAGCAGUCGGAUUACAGUUUAGUUUUAUGCAUUUUAGGGAGGCAGUGGUUACAGGCAAAGACAUAAAUCAUACUUGCCUGAAAAAUCUACGUAAAAUAAUAAAACAUGAAAAAAAGUGGGGGGGGGAAAGAUAUAAAUCAAUCAGGGAAGUAUACAUUGGUCCAGCCCAAAAAGGUAGGAUGUCUUGAAGUGGGAGGGAGGGCUUACAGGUUAUAGGUGGCUUUAGAGAUUCUUUAAUUUGCAAUUGGUGAAAGGAGUCAGGCUCUGUGUAAAACUCUGAGUCAGUAGAAAGGAAGUUUUCAGUUCAGGUAAGAAUGCUAUCUAUGUAGCAAGAUUGCUGGCCUGCAGGCUGACUUAACCCUGGCCUUGCAUGGCCUUAGGUCUUGCUUAUAAUUUGGCAUCUUAUUGACCCAAAGAGUCUGUUUUGGCUGGUGCAGUGGUUCACACCUGUAAUUCUAGCAUUUUUUGAGGCCAAGGCAGGAAGAUUGCUUGAGUCCAGGAGUUUGAGACCAGCCUGGACAAUGUGGUGAAACCCCAUCUCUACAAAAAAUGCAAAAAUUAGCCAGGCAUGGUGGCUCUCACCUGUAGUCCCAGCUACUUGGGAGGCUGAGGUGGGAGGAUCACUUGAGCCCAGGAGGUUGAGGCUGCAAUGAGCCAUGAUCAUGCCACUGCACUCCAGCCUGGGGGACAGAGUGAGACCCUUGAAGGGCGACAGGCUAGUCAGAGACGACACCAGUGGCAGCCAAGAGAUCUUUAUUGGAGGUAUCAAGCAGAGAAAGAAGAGAAGAGAGAGAGCUGCUGGUGUGCUGGGUUUUAUAUCCCUUGGGCCUACACGGGGCGGGCCCAAGGGAAGACGGGAGAUGCUUCUUUCUGAUUGGCCCGCCUUUGGCGGGUUCAGACAGUGCCCGGUCAAGGAGGGGAGAAGAACCCGGAACCGGCGCCAUUAAGGUACCCCUGUUACCUAACAACCCUGUCUCAAAAAAAAAAAAAAAGUCUCUUCUGUCAAUUUUAUGGUUUCUGUUUCAACAUUAAUGCUGGUCAGUUGCACCUAAACUCCAAAAGGGAGGGGGUAUAAAGAGGUGUGUCUGCCCUCCCUUCUCAUCAUGGCUGAUAAUUUAGAUUUUACGGGUUUUCUGGGGUCUCCUUGGCCAAGCGGGAUUCCAUUCAGUCAGUGCGGGGCUUAGGAUUUUAUUUUUAGUUUACAACACGUGAACUUUAAUGAAUUUUUACUGCCCAGGACAUCCUCCCCAGCUUAGCAGGCACCGCAGUGGGCAGCUCCCCCAUCCUUCUGCACAGCUGCUCUCCUGGAGAGAGCAGUUAAACACUCCCCUGUUGAAAGACAUUCAAGUUAGUUCCCAUUUGCUGUUAAAAUAAUGCUGCACUCACUCCUUCAUUCCCGGAAGUGUUUACCACUAAAGUCCUCUUCAAGAUUGUAAAAAUGAAACUGACUUGUCAAAGAAAA